GUUAAGCUCCCGUUUGCAAUCUUCAGCCGGCCGAGCGUCUGUGGUAGUGAGUGGAGUUUUGUAAAAUCUGCACGCAGCAUAUUGGACUCUUUUAAGCAAAUAAUAAAAAAAAAUAAAAUAAAAAAGAAUUGGAUAUCUUAUCGCUUCUGUUUUUUGGAUUUAAAUCUGUUUGACGUAUAAGUUUAACCAAGAAAGAUGUCUUCGGAAAAAGAUAUAAGAGUUAUUAAGAAGCGAUAUUCGGUGGCAUCUGCUCCAAUUGUCGUUCAGAAUACCAAGCCGGGCACUUCCAUGUCUGUUCGGACAAGCUAUGGCGGUCCUAUGACUAGACGUUCCAACGUUAUGAUGAGCAGCAGUUAUGGAGGAGGUGGUUUACUGCCUUCAGGCGAGACCGCUAAGGUUAGCAAGGAGACCGUCAUGAGCGUGAAAGGAUCAAGAGGCAAGGAGAAGAAGGAUUUGAGUGAACUGAACGGAAAACUCGCCUGUUACAUUGAAAAAAGCAGGCUCUUAGAAGCAUCAAACAGGGCGCUAGCAGAUGAAAAUGAAAAACUAAGAAAGCUUAAAGGGAUUACUGGCGAAAGAGUCAGGGUAGAGUAUGAGGAAGAAAUAAAAGAACUCAGAGAAGCGCUGGAGGAACUCCGAAAAGAAUUCGCCCCAUUAAAAGCAGAACUGAUGUCAAAAGAAGAUCUACUGGAAACAAAAGAUAAUGAAAUAGAGGACUUAAAAAAACGAAUUCAAGACCUUCAAAAUCAACUUGAUACGAGCAACCAGAUGAUUUGCGACUUAGAGUCUGAAAUUAAAUCAUUGAGGCAAACAUGUGAGAACCUUGCAAGAGACAGGGAUAUGGCAAAGAAAGAAGUUGCCUUAAUCAGAGAGGAUAAUGCUAGACUUAGAGGGGACCUUGAAGCAGCAAGAAGUCUCCAGAUUAUCGCCGAGCAGGCACGCGACGCAGCCUUGGAGGAAUUAGAUUUCUUAGAAACUUCCACAACGCAUGAAAUCGAAGAACUUAAAGCAUUGGUUGAAGGUAUCAAUACUUUAAGACCGAAAAUUGAGGCGGCGUGGCAGAGUGAAUUCCAGCAGGCUGUUUGCGAUCUUCAACAAGACUUUGAUGAUCGGUUGGCAACUAUAACUGACGAAUUGAGAUGUCGAUAUGAAGAUAGGAUAGCACACAUGCAGGCGACUGCACCAAGGGACAAUAUGGACGGACUUAUCAAGACGGAGAACAGAACUUUGAAAUCUCAACUUGGAGAUCAAAAGAGACAAAAUAGUGAAUAUGACGCUAAGAUCGCAUCUUUGAUGGCACAGAUCCAGGAGAUGAAAGCCAUGAUGGAAAGAGAGCGUAGUGAAUGUGAGAAUUGCAAGGACGAACUUAGAAUGGAAAUAGCCAAACUACAGCAAGAGCUUGCAGAUGUUAAUGCUGAUAUGGCUGAAAUUCAAGACAGCAAAAUGAGCUUAGAGCUCGAGAUCGCGUGCUACAAAAAACUACUGGAAGGCGAAGAAUCCAAGAUGGCUAGAUCGUUAGAAUCACAGUUUAACAUGCAAAGCCGUGGUGGGCAACAUUUGGCAUCUGUGAUUUCUGGAGGGAUGUCAAGCGGCGGCGGCGGCGGCCAGAGUUCCGCAGCGUCCAAACCUGUUGUUAGUAUGAGUCAGUCAACAGGAAGUAUCAAAGUGACUAGGUCAUCUACCUGCGGAGCUCAGAUCACUGAACUUGAUAAUCAAGGAAAACAUAUCUGCAUAUCAAAUACAAGUUCAAAGGACAUGGAUCUGUCUGGAUGGACGUUAUCUCGAACGUGUCCAAAAAGGAGAACUAAGAAAACCAGCGAAUACAAGUUUGAAAGCUUUACUCUGCCUAAGGGCAAAACAGUGAAGAUCUACUCAAAUGAGUACGCGUUUAGCAUGGAUGAAGAAAAGCGAGAAAAUGCAAGACUCGAUAUCAUUGCUUUGCUGGCAUCAGCAGAAUCUUGCAGUGAGUGGGGAACAGGAGACGGAGAAGCCGCUCUUAAGAACAAGGACGCAGUGACUAAGGCCUCUGCUACUGUUACACACAUGAUGGGCUAAAUAAAUAUGAAACCAAAUAUGACGUCAUGACGUCAUCAGCAAAAUAAAAAUCAAGACGUAUGACUCUUGCAUUAAAAUCACGAAGAUUUUCGCACCAUUUAGUUUUGAAUAUGUGGAUUCUAUGAUUAUGAUGUUGGUUUAAAAGCUUAGACAAAAAUAAUUAUAUUAUAUAUUUUCUUUGGCAUUUGAUAUAAUUAUGUUUGUACUCCUGCAAUAUGGAAUUUGUAUAUAUGUGGACUCAUUGUUAGUUUAGUUACAAAAGAGGAACAUUUAAUUUGGAGUGCUGUCAUUCAAAACCAUUAUAAUAAACUUUACGAAUUUCAUUGCACAUAUAACAGUUUGUGAAGGUUUCGUUUUCUCUGUGUGAGUGUAGCUUAUAUCUUUUUCUUGUUAAAGAAAAUGAAUGAUUCAAUGGUGCUAUCUGAACAGAAUCUCUCUGUAUUGUACGAAACAUAUUUAAGUGCUGUGUAUGUGUAAGAGCUACGUAUGAGCCGCGCCAUGAGAAAACCAACAUAGUGGCUUUGCGACCAGCAUGGAUCCAGACCAGCCGGUCAGGAUUCAUGCUGUUCGCUUUCAAAGCAUAUUGCCCGGUCAGGAUUCAUGCUGUUCGCUUUCAAAGCCUAUUGUAAUUGGAGAAACCGUUUGUGAACAGCAUGGAUCCUGACCAGACUGCGCCGAUCGCAGGCUGGUCUGGACCCAUGCUGGUCGCAAAGCCGCUAUGUUGGUUUUUUCAUGGCGCGGCUCAAUUAUGUUUUUGCAUGCCAUACAUUACUUCGGUUCCGAAUUGAUAAAAUUACAAUUAAUAUAGACAUUUUGUUCUACGGAGUUUGUGCUUGUAUAAUCUUCAGUGUACUCGACAUAUAGGUUAGUAUCUAUAUCUUAACACGGUAUGAAAGGUGGUGCUCUCAAUAUGCGGAUGUUUGAGUCAGUGUGGAGAGAAUAUUAGUUUCGUUAAUAGCACACAUCAUGAACUAUUUAAGUUUACACUUGCUCUUUUAUGCAUCAGUUUCGAAAGAAAUCUUUAUUAAUACUCUUAGUUUUCAUUGGCUUUCGUAAGGGUAACUGUGCUGCAUAAGUUAAUGCGUAACAAAAAUGGUAAUAAAUCUUGUUUCCAAAACAGGUCAUUGGAACUCAAGGCCAUUGAAGCACCGGUCAUAAGAGUUCAAGGCCAUAAGAGCCAAAUGACAAAUAGAGCUCAGAACCAUUAGAAUCAAAGGUCAUUAGAUUUGAAACUGCAGUUGUGUUAUCAGUACUAAAAUUCUUUGUCUUGCGACAAGAACAUGAUAUUUAAUGUUUGAUAGAGGGUGUUUUUGUUUCCCUCGAUUUUUGUACAUAUUUAUAAAAAGGAUGAAUGAGAAAAGAGUGCCAUUCUCCACGAUGAAGCUUAUAUUUAUACAUUUGCAUUAACUUUAUUCUUUCUGAAGGCUAUCAGGUAUGGUCCUUUGGGAUCAUGGAGUCUCCUUUUUGUAACAGCUAGGGUCGUGAGAGCCCUUGCAUGUUUCAUGCUCUCCUCUGAAUAAAGUUUCAUCAUUUUGCAUGAUAGUAUUCCAUGCUUCCAAAGGAUAUUCUUAUAGUUCUGUUUUAUUAUCUAGAUAGAUUUAUGUAUUUUUGUUGUUAGGAUUUUUAUAUAGUUUUACAGAGCAUAUAUUUCUUUUACUUGAUAGAUCAUUCCAUAAAUUGUGACCCCACGCUUGUCAGUGCGGGUGUUCAGAUCUGUUGUAUACAUGUAUUUUAGUGCAAGACUUGAAUCUUAUGAUUCCCUACGUAAAGAAAGUUAACAACAGUGUAUAUGAGCCGCGCCAUGAGAAAACCAACAUAGUGGCUUUGCGACCAGCAUGGAUUCAAACCAGCCCGCGCAUCCGCGCAGUCUUGUCAGGAUCCAUGCUGUUCGCUUUUAAACCCUAUUGCAAUUAGAGAAACCAUUUGCAAACAGCAUGGAUCCAUGCUGGUCGCAAAGCCAUUAUGUUGGUUUUCUCAUGGCACGGCUCAUAUCAACGUUUGGUUUGCUCUUACACAUUAUUUUGUGCCAACGUGAGGAAUCUAUUUUUUCACAAAGAAGUAGUUUUGAAAAAAUUGUUCACAUUUAUGGUUGAAAUGACAUAUAGCUUCUGCUUAAAUACCUUAUCUAUAAUUUUGUAAAGCGUUGAAGCAAAUAAAUUUUAAUACUAUU